AUGACUGCCAUGACAGUAGCAGUCGUGCCAGGUCGCUCCCUAGGCCCCUUCGCGCUUGGCGCAUCGCUCCACGAGAUCCUUGGCCUUGUUAAAGAUGACAGACAGCAAUACCCAGCAAUCGACCUGCACUACUCCCAAGCCGAACCUCUUGUGUCCCCAGUCGUCGUCACCCUUCCCGGAAACGGCAUCCGCAUGCGCUUCGAUGGUGCAGACCAACGUCUCCGCUUAAUCGAAGUGCAAGACUUCAGCAAGAUCAGACUGCAACAUAAAGGCAGUGACCUCAUCAAAAACCAUGACGAUACGGCGCAUUCGGCAGGACCAGUCUUCAAGCGGGUGUACUCGCUCUUCGGACCAUCUUAUCCUGGAGAGUACGCUCCACCGAAAGAUCGCUCGCCGUAUGGCGCGUACGUGCUAUCGUGGCCUGGUGUAGCUUUCAACUUCCCACUGCUGCAUUCGGCUUGGUCAGAAGAGAAAGAUCAUGUCUCAUUGCUCGGAUCGCACGUCGCUUCGGCCGCGACAAGCCUGGCACUCUUCGAGGGCAGGAGCUGGCCGGAAGCACGUCGAGACUUGUUCGUCAAGCAGCCGUCAGGGCCUCGGAUGUCUGCGCUGGCUAGCAGACCUAAGGAAGGUCUGCCGCCGGAGAUUGAAGUAGCGGAGGUACGAGGAGACGGUCGCGUGGACUUCUUUCGACUCAAUCCAGCAUCUGCCUUUCCCAUUACGCUCAACCAGACCACCACUCAGGACCUGAUCAGCGAACUCGGGCCACCCGAUACAACGUAUCGACGCGAGGAAACUGCGCCUCCGACAGAGCAACCAGUCCACCGACGCGCAGGCAGCUCCUCGCGACCCAUGUCAAACGGACGGCCCUACGGAGGUUCACCGUCGAGCUUCUCAUCUACCGGCACAGAUACAUUCGAGACGGACUUCGACUCGAGCAACGCGGAAGAAGACGUGCAUGAUCGCGCUGCAAGGCAGAAGUUUUGGUGCUACUUCAGUCACGGUCUGGAUAUCCUUGUUGGCCCACCGACCGAUCGAGCAUCUAAGACUGGCGAUGAAAUUGUGCAGCGUACUCCACUUCUCGCCAGCACAUCUACCGUCGUGCUCAAGGUUAUCAUACACGGCAAUAUCCCGGGUAGCUAUGCAUUCAACCGGCACAGACGCUUACGCUGGACUAUCAAUCUCCUCGAUCCCACCUCGUCGGCACCAAACACUUCGGGCACGCAUCUUACCUCUGAGCAGAACUUCGACGCCGACAUCAAACCUGCACUCCUCUCCGUGUUCUCCGGUACGAGGUCCGAAGGCAAGGUUGUGAACCGGACUUGGUCCGGCGGCGGAAGCUCAAGUGACAGCUCCUUCUUCUUACCAGAUGCUGACGAAGAUGUGGAGGGGAUGGAGAUUGAAGGGGAGAGUGAGAACAGUGAGCAGUGGCUUGGUAACACUAAGCUUUAUGCGUUCCCAGGGCUGGUGUUUGAGGUGCUGGAGAAUGGGUGUGUGAGCGCUUUGACGGUGUGUUGA